GCCCGGAGCGGGCGUAUUUUGGAAACAAUACCGCGCGGUGCGCCGUGGCCUCCUCUCGCGCCAGCUCGCGCCUGCAGCAGCCGCUGCCCUAGCUCGUACCACCGCCUCCCGCCGCAGCCCGCUGGAGUUUGCCCCCUCCUUCCCUAUCGAGUGUGGGCGCCAAGCCCCCCGAGUGCUCGUCACCCUGGACCCUGGCGCAGAGCCCUGGCAUCACGACUCGGAGGCAGAGACUCUGUCCUGGAGUCACCCAGGUGCUUGCUGGUGCUUCUGGUUGCCCCAGGGGCACGCUUGGAAGCUCAGGCUGCUGGGAGAGAUGGAGCCACCGCAGUGUGUGGAGGAGCUGGAAGAUGAUGUGUUCCAGCCAGAGGAUGGGGAGCCAGGGACACAACCUGGGAGCUUGCUCUCUGCUGACCUGUUCGCCCAGAGCCAGCUGGAUUGCCCCCUCAGCCGGCUCCAGCUCUUCCCUCUCACUCAUUGCUGUGGUCCUGGGCUCCGGCCCAUAAGCCAGGAAGACAAGGCCACCCAGACCCUCAGCCCAGCUUCCCCAAGCCAGGGUGUUAUGCUGCCUUGUGGGGUGACAGAGGAACCCCAGAGACUCUUUUACGGCAAUGCCGGCUACAGGCUUCCGCUCCCUGCCAGUUUCCCGGCAGGCUUGCCCCUUGGGGAGCAGCCCCCUGAAGGACAGUGGCAGCAUCGGGCAGAGGUACAGAUCGCCAGAAAGCUUCAGUGCAUUGCAGACCAGUUUCAUCGGCUUCAUAUACAACAACACCAGCAGAACCGAGACCGCGCGUGGUGGCAGGUCUUCCUCUUCCUGCAAAACCUGGCCUUGAACAGAGAAGAAAACAGGGAAGGGGCGGGUCCCUGGUGAGGCUGGGUGGCCCUUGUUGGAUGGAGCCCCAGGAACGCAGUCUGGAACAGGACAGUCAUCUGGGAGGACGGACACUGGUCGCGUUUUGUUAUUUUUAAUUCUUUUCCCUGUGUGUACAUAUAACAUACCCCAGUGGGAUCUUCUCCUCUGUUCAGAACCCCCACUGGGAACGGGGGCCUUUGUCAAACACUGUUGAAGGACAGGCGGCUGUGUCUGCUGGUGGAGCUCCUGAGACUCUGGUGAUGGUGAUGUUCUCCAGGAAGUGGACUGAGGCUUUCCUGCUGGAGCCGGUUAGGAAAUAGGAGGCCAGGUUAGACCCCCCAGAACCACCAAAUGUGUCAGCCUUCCCCCAUGCCCGAUGGAAACACAGCUUUAACCCACCAGGACCUUGGCCAGGGGCUUCCUGGCUGAGAACAGCAAUGCCUUGGCUAGCCAGCCCUAUGUCUGGGUUCCCACUCGGCACUGCCAGUGCCCACCGCAUGGGCUCAGGGAUUGUUACCCAGACCCUGUCACCUCCAGAAGACCUCAGGGAGGGUUGGACUUCUCCAAGAACCUCUCAAAGGUGCCUCAAAAUGGAGUCAAGCUUGAUAGGUCUCAAGUCUGACUUGGUCCCACAUGGAAGCCCCUUGAUUGGUCCCAGGGUGCAAACUACUGCCGCCUUUGCUGCCUGGGUGUCAGCCGUGUGUGAGCCAAGAAGCCGGUCACCAUCGUGUUGGGCCCAGCGGCCUGUGCCUUUGUCGGCUGUUUUCCAAAGACCCUGCCAGCUACUGGAUUGGAUUGGACACCCACCUCGGCAGCAGCACUCUGAGACCGGGUGGAUUCGCAGGGGGCGUGGGAAUGGAGCAGCCGUCCCACUGAUCAGUCAGCCCCAGGGGAGCCCAGACCUCUUGGUUUCCUUGGAAACGUGUACCUCCUCCCCCUUAUCCCCAUUCCUUUUUUCCGUACCUAGUGGGAUACCGGAAGAAGCUAGGACAUGGCUUUGUCAGCUGAAAAGUGACCUUGGAAGUAACAGACGGCGGCGUCUAGAUCACGGAACCCGCAGAGCUGGGGACACAUUUCCUACCUUCCUUCAGCUUCCCGCGAGGCCGGAAGCGAGAGUUCUUGAGCCCAGCGGGAUCUCAGCUGCCUCUGAACUUCCUCUCUCCCUGCCACAGCACUCAGGGAGGGGACUGAAAGCGGCUGGCCUUCCUCACGGGGCAUCUCCUAACCUGGAAAUCAAGUCAUAAUCCUUCUCUCUGUAAGGAAAGACAUCGGUGCUAAAGACAGGGUUCAAAGGAAAGAUGGCUUCCCCGAGCAAAGAAGACUCCAGGGUCAUUCAAGGAAUUUGGAGGAGGAACUCAGAGCAGACUCAAAUUGAACAAGCCCAGUAACUCUCAUUUCUUCAGUCCUGGGUGUGCAGUUGGACAGGAUUUCCACUGCACAGGGGGAUGAGGGGAUCACAGAGGCUGAAGUCCGGCCUGUGCUCUGCUCUCGGGGCUGUAUGUCCUGAUGUGGGGCUGAUCUGCUCAGAGUUAGGGAUGUCUUUCCUAAUUUACACAAAGGUACCGUAUGCACUCACAACGGUCCUGCCUUCGAAGGACCUCAAAAUAGGUGUAUAAGCCUUUGUGUCUUUCUGCUCAGAUGAUCUGGAGAUAUUACCUCUUCUUGGCCACAAUCA